AAAAAGAAAAAAGAAAAAAAAGUUGUGUUUGAAGAUCGAGGGAAUCCCCGACUCAGCAUGUGCGGGCGUGGAUUGUGGUCGGCGUGGGCGGUCUGCUUCGUGGUUCUCCUCACCCACCUGCCGCCCACGAACCAGCUGCCGUACGUCAUUAAUAUAGCGGCGACCAGAAGCAAACCCUCGCCUUCCGCUACGCCGUCGAGAGUGUCAACCACGACCACGGACUCCGCAAGACCUCCCUCCGGCCGAUCAUCGAGACGAUUCCUCCCUACGACUCCUUCUACGCGUCCAAGAGAGCAGAUAAAAAUCCUAAUUGCACGGCGAAUACCCGCGUUGAAUCGCCCCGAGUGGAGCCUGCAGUGAGCAACCCUCUUAGCAGCCAGUUGCAAAGCCCGACGGUACAGCUGCUCAUCCCGAUCGAGUCUCGUUUAACGUCCAAUUCCCUGGUCGUUCCGAACAACCCGGAAAGCGAGAGUGUUACAGCCCGACAAGGGACGACGCGAGUGGAGUGGCCUUUGACCUCGGUUCAGCGCGUGUGUGUGGCCACGGGAGGCGAGGUCGAGGACGAGGGGAAAAUCUUCAUCAUUCAGACUAGACCGUGCCACCCGUGCGGCGAGGCCUAUCUCUACUUCUUCUCGCCCGAACUCAGCUCCCUGCUGGAGGGGCUUCACGAGGCCGUCUCCAAGCUGAUCUCGGCCUCGGCAGCGGACGACGUCUCCCUCAUCAGCGACCUGUCGGAGCUCUCGGGCGCCCUCAGCUCCGUGGUGGUGUUGCCUCAGCGUCUGCCGGACCCGCCCAAGAUGCGCAAGUCCACCUCCGUCAUAGAUCUGGCUCAGAUUCACGAGCUGCAACCUCUGUGCAACAUCCACACUCCGACCCGCCUGAGCAGCAGUCAGUGCAACCUGGCCGAGGAGCUGCGAGGAGAGCCGCCCUUGCCGGGCCGCCUGCUGGGCCACUCCCGCCGCCGCUCGAUGAGCGAGACGAACCUCGCCAAACUCUGCCUUGACGAGACCGACGAAGAGCUCGAGUCGCGUGACGACGACCUCGAAGACGCUGACCUCCGCCAGGCAGACCUCCCGAAGGACCGCACGUCCUCCUCUGGGUCCUACAACUCCUACCGGUCCACAGACUCCGGCGUCCGGCUCUCAGCCUCCCCCUCCACGCACUGCGACGGCGGCCGCUACAUGUCCGAGAACGCCGCCCGCCGCUUCGUCACCAAGUCCGACUCGAUAGACUCCGGCGUCAGAACGAAGGACGAGAACAGGGAGGUGGCAGCGGAGGGCGACGAGGCCAAGAAGGCGGAUCCCCAGGCAGGGGACGGAAAGCAGGAGUCCUCCAGCCGGCGCGGCAUGAGCGCCCUGGAGGAGGAGCCGGACGUGGAGACCAAGGUGGGCGCGUGGUGCCUGCAGAGCGCAAGGGCCAGGAAGUCCUUCUUCGCCAAGAAUCUAAACGUGACGUGUGCGGCUCACAAGGAGAGAAAGAAAGGGAGUUUGAGCAGGACCAUGUCGGAGUCCUACAAGGAGGUGACCGACAAGCAUGACGAGUUCAGGCGGCUCUCGGAGUUCACGACGUCCUCAAAGGCGUGCACAGUGUAUGAGGAAAUAGUCGACGUCCUGAAGCCUCUGACCCAAGCCAACCAGCAAGCAAAAGAGCACGAUUACGAGGAGCUUGACAAGUGCCGGAGAGAUAUUAAGCGGAGUUACAGUUUCCAGGAAAAGACGAAGCCUCCUCCACUGCCUCCCAGGCGGCCGAAGUCCUUCUCUCCUGACCCGUGGGCGGAAGAGGCUCUGUCCAAGUCAGGUACUCUCAAGAAAAUCUUUGGUCUUUCAUUUCAAAGCAAAUCUCAUUCCACAGAAAGCAUGCUCGAUGUGAGCUCAGGAUAUGAUGAUUUGUCCACAUUAGGUAGUGAGGAUAUGGCCAUGGUGCAGGCCCUGGGCACUCUGCCUAGAGUCAAGAAGAAACCCGUUGAUAGACGAGAGCGUCAGUCAAGCCGUUCAGCAUCCCCCAAAAUGUCGCCAAAACAGAAGGCAAGAUCUCUUUUUGGUGUUUCCCCGAGUAGGUCCCCCAUGAUUCCUAGGCCCAAACAUCUUUUUCUCUUUAAGGGUUCUGGCAAAAAUGAUACACAGACCUCACCGUUGUCUAAGCCAGGAUUUAGACUUCACCGUCAGUUUUCUCUUCAGGGUCAGCGGACGCCCAGCACGGACAGCUCCCUCGCGGACGCCUCCACGCCAGAGACGCCCCAGCAGCAGCAGCAACAGCAGCAGCAGCAGGCGUGUCAGCACCGGCAGUACUGGCGUCCCGAGGCUUCCAGUGGUCCCCCUGGCGAGCCUCCCGACGCAAGUGAGGAGGCAGCGGGAGGACAUGCUGGAAAAGACUCUUAUGCUUUCCUCAAGUCACCAAAGUUAAUGUCAAAGACUUUUAGCUUCUUAAAGAAAUUCCCUAAAGAGAAAAGCGGCUCUUUAGAGAGAAAACGUAAGUCGGGCAUUAACUUUUUACCACCCCAAGAUCUCUCCACAAAGUUCCCCAACAGUUAUUCCAUGGACAGUUUCGCGGUAGACAAAGGGUCCCAGAGCUGCGGGACGCCCGUCAGGGACACGGACUCGGACUGGGCGGACGCCGACGUCGUCCCCGGGAGCAGAUUGCGCUCCAUGUCCUAUUUGCCGCCUUCCUCGCCAGCCAUAAGGAUCCCCUUCCACUCCCACCACGACUCCGUGACUACCACUCCUGCGGGAACUCCCACGGGCCACUCCUUCAGUCCCCUUCGGAAACUAAGCUCCCCACAGCCCCCGACGGAUCCCUCUCUGUGGAGGGACGAAGGGGACUGCUGGAAGGAGUGCGACUCUCGCCUCCUACCUGGUGGGUUCCCACCUCCCCCUCGGGAGCCUCCGCCUCCCCCCGCCCCCCACGAGCCUCACUAUGCCAACCUGCCCCACCACACCCACGACCAGGACUACAUGUCCAUGGACGAAGUUCGAGGGGCCUACAGGAGGAUCUCGAGCGCCUCUGUCGGCGAGGCAAGAAGAGACAGCGGGGGCUACCUGUCCAUGGGCGAGAUCCGCUCCUUCCGGGCAGGCGACACCCCGGACUGCCCCGGCUGCAGCCACGCGCCGGGCAGCAUCACGCACCACGACUGCCACCCGGAGCGCGAGGCCAUGCCCGAGGACCACGAGUACAUGACGAUGGAUGACAUCCAGACCGUACUCCACACGGAGUUCCCGGGGAUCUACUCCUCGAAGGAGGAGAAGGAGCUGUACAAACACUGCGGGUACAAGAGCGCCCCCGCCAGCCGCAAGACCUCGUACUCCGAGGGCUCCGAUUACCUCACGCCUCAGGAAGUAGGGCGCAUGAUCCGGAGGGAGGUCCUGGCGAUACGCCGAGGAGGCCGAGAGGUGCCCGUGGAACACCCUCACCACAUGCACGCGCACGCGCACACCUACGACCCUCACCACCACACAAUGGAUCCCCACCUCCACCAACACGACCCCCACCACCACCACCAACACGACCCACCUCCUCACCACCACCAGCAGGAAUCCCACGUCCACCACCACGACCCCCAACACCCGCAGUAUCACCACCACUAACACCACCAACACCUGGAAAGGCAACACCACCAUCAGAAGACAAGCCAAGGCCACUCGACGCCACCCUGGCUCACUCUGCACAAAGACGCCUCUGGACUCUUACAAUUCUUUGGCCUUAAGAUCACCAUGCUCAUGAAUAUGCAUUGUGUGCUUCUUUUUUACAUAUAUACAUAUAUAUAUAAUUCCCUUGCAACUUAUCAAUGCACCGUUAUGGAUAUAUAUAUACAUCUCUAUGUAUAUAUAGUUAUACUAAAUGUGUAUGUGCUUCGGAUGGAUGCACAUACGAAACCCAUGGAAGAAGAGGUACGAAAAGGUACUUAAGAUGUUUGUUUGUUUUUUUAAAGAUCUUUGGAAGACUUUGACUUUCCCCGUUUGAAUCUACAGCGAUGGUGCCAACAUUCCCCGUGCCAAGACUCAUAGCUGUACCGAAGCUCAAGUCAUACUAGAGAGUGUACAGUUUAGAAUUAUCUACCAUAGACAUAAUUGUCUGAGACAAGAUAGGUAUUGAAAUUCCUCGAUUAUUUAUUUCUGGUAUUCGGUUUUUGAGAUCAUUUAUAGCUGAGAAUACCUGUGCUUUGUCUCCACCAAUGCUCCUUCCUCUAUCAUAGCAGGUACGAAUAUGUCAUAAUUUUUUCACAACACUUGGUAUAUUUAGAUGGAUUUCCAUUUGAGUAUAGAUUAGCUUUGUAAAUUUUAUGUGACACAACGACCGUAGGAUUUUAAUAUACAAGCUUUGAGAUGUUUAUAUAGACCUUAUCAUGUCCUCAGAUAUUUUGGAUUGGUGCAGUAUCCCCUCGACUCAAUACUAGUUUGUUCCAUUCUGUUCGUCGUGAAGGUGCCAGGCAGAAGUGGCACUUGUGAGGAGGGUCAGUCAAGAGUGAAAGUGAAAGUGUGAAUAGGUUUCCAAGAGUUUUUCUAUUUCUCUCUCUUCUCUCUCCGAGUGUGUUUUGGAGAUGUAUCAACACAGAUUUUUCAGAUACUGUGUAUCACUGUUUGUUUACGUUCAUAUAUAAUACCCAUCGCUGCCUUCAUUGUAAUAACCGUGAAUUUCAGAAAGUUUUCUACAAAGUCUUUGGAAGUGAAAAAGUCAUAGUUUAUACUCGCCUUAAACUGUUAUAAUGUUAUGAUAUGAUUUAAACUUGUACGUAUUGAAGAUUGUGAAGGAUGUCGAUUAGUCAGCUUAGUCAGUCCUAAGCUGAGUAGAACUGUUGCCUCACUUCCUCCGUGAUUUAGCAUUGUUGUGUGAUAUUAUGCAGAAGAAAAUGAGGAUAAUUUUAAAGCCUUUGAACUCCUUUUCUCUCAAUGAACCAAAGAUCUUAACGCGUUGUGUGUACGAUGUUUCGACUUUCAUUAAGGAAACGCAGACCUGCCUUACGAAACGGAAGUGAGAUCAGUAUUAAUAGAUAUGUAAAUCAGACCCAACUGUGCCAAUCGACUCCAGUAAAACUACACUUCAAAGUGCCAGGCUGACCCACACUGCCUUUACGUGCAAAGUGCCACUCUCGCCUGUAACCUCACCAUUAGGACGUUUUUCUCGGAUAGCAUUUUGUGUAGAGCAGACAACCAAGAGGGGUGGGUGUUGUCUGUGUAUUGCGUAUCGUUAAAGGGUGUCUUCUUUGGGUAUCCCACGAUCUGGUCCCUUGUUCAUUAUUAGUUAAGUGAAGAGAGGUGGUCUACUAGCCACGAGCAAGGCACGGGUUGCUUUGCUUGUGACGAGCGACGCAUGGUCUGUUGCUGGCUCCUCUGCUAGCCACGUUGGACCACCAAUCAGCUGUCUUUCUGAGAUGGACCAGAUGCAGCUAGUGAUGGGAAGGGAAGGAAAGAUUUUUUUCCCCGAGAGAACCUGAUAGGUCUCCGGGAAAGACCCAAAGGGAGCAAGGGGGAAGAGUUGUCGGUGUCUGCACUCCAUGUACUUUUUUUAAAAAUCCAAUCUUAAAUGUGUAUACCCUGUAAGUGGCUAGGAACACUGCCAUGUGCUACUCCAGAGACAAUACUACAGAUGUACAUUUUAUUACUGACGUAUUACUGAUAGGUUGAGGUAGACCAUUUCGUUCGAACACGAGGAGGGAGUCUCGAACACCAUGACUUCUGAGACGAAGCCGGCGCCAAGCCAGGACGGGCCAACAGAUCGCACAAUACCCACACAAUAUGGUGUGACCCUACAUUGACCUUAGGGCAUUUUCUCUUGUUUGACCUUGUGACCUUCAAGGUGACUUCCAUUGCCAGUUUGAAAUGUUUCGAAACGUGAUUUCGUGCGCCGCUCACUCCCGAAAAAAUGCAAAUGAUGAAUAACUCCGGAAGUCACAACCACUGCCUGGGUGUCUCUGGUGUCAUUGAUGUUGAUUGUGACUUGCUUCGUGUUGCUUCGGUUGUUUUGGCAUAAUUAUUGGUGUAUUGUUGUUUCUCUCUCUCUCUCUCUCUCUCUCUCUCUCUCUCUCUCUCUCUCUCUCUCUCUCUCUCUCUCUCUCUCUCUCUCUCUCUCUCUCUCUCUCUCUCUCUCUCUCACCGCCUGCUACUUCACACCUGUAAACUCCAUUAUGCUUUUUUUUGUUUCACAAUUAUCAGUUUCUACUUUUCUCUAUCCUUAUAACCCCCUUUUCUUUUCUUCUUCUUUUGUCCCCAUUUCUUUCUUUUCCUCCUCAAUCUCACUCCGACUACCAUGCCGUUGUAUCAAUCACAACACUAGUGUCAGCAGUCUGGUAUCCAGACUUAUUACGUCAGCGCACAUUUCCCUUGAAUGAAACCGUGAUCGCGUGGACGCCAGCCUCACCAGAGCGCAGAAUCAGCUGUUCUUUGCGUCCAUAGCACUCUGUCAUGACAUCUCCACACAGCUGAUCUAGAGUUGCCUGAUAGGGAUAAUCCGUUUGCAAGGUGUCUGUUGGAAAAGGAAGUUCGUCGUUCUGUUUGGUGGCUGUUGUGAGUGAGCAAAUGCAUUUAGGAAAUGAGAGUCCUCAUGAUGAAAGUCGUACGUUAUACAUGUGUGGAUGCAUGCAUUCACUGAAUCAGAUAUGCGUGUCCAUACAAAUGUACACAAAACACACACACCCACACACGCGCGCGCGUAUGCACAUAUGACAACUAUACACCUGUAAAACCGCAGCAAAGACCCCAGCAGCUGCACACGACCACUCCCAGCCUUCCACCAUCCCUCUGCCAUCACCACUGUGUUGUUCCACCCUUCCUCAGGUGGUGUUGUCACCUGCCAACCGCACGGAGACAACACCGACGAGGUGAGGUAUUGCAAGGAAGCCUCGAGGGUCUCGUUGUGUGUGUACAAAAUGGGUUGUUGUUUUUUUUUCCUACAUCCUGGUUGGACGUGGCAUUCGUUUGUUGUUUUUUCAGUGUAUAUUUCGUGUCUGUUGAUUCCCGGAGGAGCUGACUGUAAAACCCUGACUGACGACUCUAAUAUAUAUACAUUUUUUAUCUUGGCAUCAUUAUCAGUGGUGACUACGAGACUAGCUGUAAAAAAGAGAGAAUUCAUGCGCAGGCUUAGAAGAAGAAAACGAACAGAAACGAAAGUGAAACGAAUUAAGAAAGAGAGAGAGAAGGCCAUAGGCAGUGACUUCCCAAGCGUUCGCACGCCACCAGCUGUGAAUGGCGUGUGUUUACAACGUCCUGUUAUCAGCUGAUCUUGAAGGCUCAUCGCUAGGUUUAUGAGAUGUGUUGACGGGCGUGAUCAGCCUCGACGACCUUGACCCAAACUGACUAAGAGCUCAACAGACUCCUCUCGCCCAUUUGUAGAUCAGCUGUUAUUCUUUUGAUUACUCACUCUCUGUUGUUCGGAAAAAAUAAUGAUAUAUAUCCCAAAAAAGAUAAUGUUUAUAGGUCUAUUUGAGUGUAUGUUUAAAAAAAAAGCCCAAAUACCCCUGACCUGAUGUCUACUUCCUGUGUAAACGAGACAAUGGGAUCUGAUGAACCAAGAGAUGUUGAAAGACACACUGCAGCAUUGCAAAACCCGAACCCACUCUCGGCCAAGGCAGUCUUCGCGGAAUCCCUCGCCCGCUCCCUUCUGCGUCCCGAAGGGGUGUUCCUCCCGCGCCCUCGGUCCUCGUGACGCCCUGUGGCCUCCGGGGGACUCCUCCAGAAGGCGCAGGGAGACUAAGAGGGCGGUCUAAGAGGCCUGCUAAGACUGCGGCGACGCUCUUGGACUCCUCUUGAGGGUCUCGUGCGCCGGGCGAGUCAUGUACCAGCGCGACUCCGGCCGGCGAAGGGGGAGGCUGCCCCGGCCACCGAGAAGGGGGGCGGGGAGGCAGAGGGCGCCUCAAGGUCGAAGUACAGUGUUGCAUUCGCGUGUUUUACAUGCAGUACAAGUACUGUUUCUCUCCCCUGGACGUCGCGUUAGUUCGUCUCUCCGAGGGAACCAAGUCCAAAGAAGUGAAAAAAAAGGGCGGAAGACACGCAGGACGACGCCCAAGGAACGCAAUCUUCGUCGUCUCAAGACGUCAACGUAUAUGACGUCAUCGCCAGAGUCUCCGGAACGAACGAACGAACGAACUCGGACGUGAUAACACCCCACCACCCCCCCCCCACCUCCCGCUCCCUCCCCCGGCGGCUCGCCAGUCCCCGAGGGCGCCGACGGUGGGCAAAGACGACCGAAAACCAUUCAUAAAUAUACAUAAUAUAUAUAUAUAUAAUAUGUCACACUCAUGCCGGACGCGCCACCUGCUUCGGAAGGCUCGACGUAAACAAGACACUUCGGAUGUCGCGAACUGAAAGAUAGUAAGUGUUUCUCCCAGUGCUUUUUAGAAAUCACAUGUGUUGAUGGAUAUUGUCCGGAUGCCAAAAAGGAAAUAAAAAAAAAAUACUGUCCUCCGAUUUCUUA